AUGAAAUUCCGUGCAGGUGAUUUUGACCUCAAUGACGCUCUUCGGUCAGGGAAGCCCAUUGAGGUUGAUGAUGACAAAAUAAAGACAUUGAUCGAGUCAAACCCACGUUACACGACACGAGAGAUUGCAGAAACAUUGAACAUCCAUCAUUCAAGCGUUCAUGACUACCUGAAGAAGCUGGGAUACGUAAACAAACUCGAUAUUUGGGUUCCUCAUGAUCUCAAAGAAGUUCAUUUGACAACGCGUAUAAACAUCUGCGAUAUGUUUAUUAAACGUGAGGAAAACGAUCCUUUUUUGAAGCGACUGCUAACUGGUGAGAAGUGGAUUGUUUACAACGUGGUGCGCAAAUGGUCUUGGUCCCGACCUGAUGAUUCGCCUCAAACGACAUCAAAAGCAAAUAUUCAUCAGAGGAAGGUUAUGCUCUCAGUGUGGUGA